UCGCCAUUUCCUGUUGCUGUGCUGCCAUCUGUUCUCGCAUUGCAGAGGCACGGCGACGGUGUCAGUACUUGUUUUAUUUUUCCAAGCCUUACUUUUUGUUGAUUUCCUAACCAGUACCAUGAACGUUUACAUAAACUGACAGCAAGUAAAGGAAGGUUGAAGAGAAUGGAUGAAAUAACAGAGCAUCCAGAUGGGAACCAGUCAAGCGAGUCCAAGAUGGAGGUACCUGCUUCUGUCAAUGGUACCUACAGUAAAAAUCAAGCAAAAAAGGCACCUGUAACUACAGAGGCUGAUGUCAGAGAAUUGCAUUUACAAAACCAGGCUCUUUCCCAUACAGGGGCAAGAACUCCUGUUUUGGCCAAAGAUAGUCAUCUUGGCUUUGCACUGCAACAUCGAAUGCAUCGCUCAGCAGUGCGUCCUUUCUUGUGUUGUGGCAGUGAAUUAUCACUUGUCAGUCUGAUGGACAAUAUGGAGCUGAAGGACAAAACUGUAAAAGAAAUGGAUAAUGGAAGACACAGCACAGACACUACACUCAGUCACUCAGACUCUGAAGAAAACUCCACAGACUGCCUGCUGCCCUAUAGUUUGUCUUCCAGCUCUGAUCUGGGUAGUGCUGUAUCCAGUACAAAUGGAGGAUACUCAGGAAUGCCCCGGAGACUGAAGGCUGACAAGCACAAGUCUAAGAAACGUUUUUGGAAUCUGCGCUUUGGUGGGAGGUGGCCGCAGGGUCUGCGAUUUUCAGACACUUCUAGUCAUGGAAAGGAUGUACAGUUGGAGGACACAAACUGUAGCUCCACACAUGCUGCAAAGGACAGCACGCUUGAAGCAGGAGCAGCCAAUUUUUGUAGCUCUCCAUGUCUUCAGCCUGUAGCGCUUUCAUCCAGCAAAGGAAGGAGUAAGUCAAAGAACAAGAAAAGGAGGGCCUCAGCAUUGAAUGUCUCUCAUAGUCAUAUGACUGACUUAGAUGGAGGAAUACCCAUCAAUGGCAAUGAAGAACUCCUAGCCAGGGAGCGAGGGCAGGAUGUCCACAGUGAGACAAGGGUGUGGCCUACUUCCAGUGCUGCAGGCUGGCUGACUGCUGGAUUGGGGGCCUCUGCCACCCCUCCAACCAUGGCCCUGAUGGCAGCUCAGAAUCAUGAACAUCUACCUCACUCAGAUGAUGAGGAAUCAGUCCUGCUAUCAGAACUCUCUUCCCACUAUCCGUGGCCCAAUUUUCAAGGGGUGCUGGUGGUUCCACGGGGUAUGACGGUCCACACACAAGUGGAUUAUAUUCAUUACCUUGUGCCUGAUCUUCGUCAUAUCACCAACUGCUCAUUUUACUGGGGUGUCAUCGACCGUUUUGAGGCUGAGCGACUCUUGGAUAAGAAACGUGAAGGAACAUUUCUUCUUCGUGACAGUGCCCAAGAAGAAUUCCUGUUUUCAGUCAGUUUUCGUCGGUAUAAUCGUUCACUUCAUGCACGGAUUGAGCAGUGGAACCACAGAUUCAGUUUUGAUGUUCAUGAUCCAGCAGUUUUUUCAUCAGAUUCAGUGUGUGGAUUGAUUGAACAUUAUAAAGAUUCUAGUCGCUGUCUCUUUUUUGAACCAAUGCUGACAGACCCUAUGCAUCGAAAUUUUCCUUUUUCCCUUCAGCAUCUUGCAAGGGCAGUUAUCUGUAGUCAUGUAGUGUAUGACUCUAUCAAUUUUUUGCCCCUUCCAAACUCUUUGAAGGAGUACAUUCGCUAUUACCACUACAAGCAGAAGGUAUGCAUCAGAAGGUUUGACUACCCUUAAGUAAUCACAUCUGUAUAACUGGCAAAAGCUGUUAUUGGUUAAGUUGAUUUUUGGAAAGGUGUAAGUGGUCAUUUGCUGUUUAACAAAGUGCAUUAAACCACCCACAAAAUGACUUGAUUGCUUUCAAAAGACAACUCAUCCUCUGUUGAGUUCUAGUCAUGCCAGUCAGCAGGGCCACUGUUUACAAGAAAAUACAGUCAGCCACUAUUUCAUCAAAGAUAGAUUGAAGUUGUGUGAAAGCCAUAAGUGGAUAGAUUUUAAUAGUGAUAAAGCAUCACACAAACCUUAUGUAUUAGUGGUU